ACCAUGUUGGCCACGGGCAGAGCGAGGGAGACCGUAUGGUUGCGUCCGACUUCCGUGUGUUUGUCAGAGACAGCUUGCAGCACAUCGAUCUCGUGAAGGAGGAACAUCCAGGUGUCCCUGUGUUUCUUCUGGGGCACUCCAUGGGAGGAGCCAUUGCCAUCCUCACCGCGUGUGAAAGACCAAAUGACUUUUCAGGCAUGGUAUUAAUUUCUCCUUUAGUAGUUGCAAGCCCUGAUGUAGCGACACCGAUCAAGGUAUUUGCAGCUAAAGUACUUAACUUUGUCCUGCCAAACUUGUCUCUGGGAUCCAUUGAUCCAAAUGUCAUUUCCCGGAAUAAGAAAGAGGUUGAAUCUUACCGUUUAGACCCUCUGGUCUAUCAUGGAGGCAUGAAAGUCUCCUUUGUCAUUCAGCUGCUGAAUACCAUUGCCAAAAUAGAGCGUUCUCUCCCUAAACUGAUUCUCCCCAUCUUGGUGCUCCAUGGUUCACUGGACAAACUCUGCGACAUCAGAGGCUCUUACUUCUUGAUGGAUACUGCCCCAAGUCAGGAUAAAACACUCAAGGUAUAUGAUGAAGCCUUCCAUGCCCUCCACAAAGAGCUUCCUGACGUGACUACUUCUGUUUUUAAAGAAAUAGAAACGUGGAUUGGCCAGAAAGCAGCUGAGGAAGCCCACCAAUCUAAGCAAAAGCCACUCUGAAACCCUGUGUCUAGUGGUUGGGGUACACUGGGAAGGGAAGUUCUUUUUCUUUUCUUUUUUAACAGCCUCUCUUUGAGGGGAAAAGUCUUAUAGGGGCUCCUGAAUUAAGUUAUUUUUUACCAGAAAUUGCUGUUAUCUGGUGUGGGAUGGGAGGAGAAUGCCAUGAUCCAUUUAAAGCAGUUACUCUACAAAGGAAAGAGCUAGCAAGGACAUCAGUAUGGACUUCCCAGCUGGGAGUGCCGUUGUAUUAAAGGACUUUUUCAAGUCUUUCACCAAACCUGGUUUUUGGUUUUCCCAAGGAGUUCCUGAGGUGCUGAGGUAACUUUUUAUACUGCAAUAAUUUUGGGAAUGUUUCAAAGUUUGGCAUCUUCCAUGAUGUUCCAUUUUUACUCUUGCCAGAUUUUAAUUCUUCCCUCCUGUAUUUUGAAGACUUUGAAGCCUAGUAAUAGGCCCAAGUCUUUGAUAGAUAUAGAUAGGAUUAGGAGUUGAGAGUGGAGUCUUUUCACAAGUGAAUUCAAAACAUCUAACAACAUUCAAAACAUGUAUUCUACUUAGUCUGCCCAAAGGCUUUCUUCCCAUACAAACCCCAAAGGGUCUUGAAAGAAGAGGCCGAUAAAUGCUAGAAACAGCACAGUUUUGCACUUUGAAAGGGUGUAGUUUGGACUCAGACUAUUAACAUUUAGCCCCAGAGCUGACACCAUGGAGGAAUGAGAGUAUGUAAAAUAGUGUAUCUAGAAGUCUUAAAGCAUUGAAGAUACGCUGCUACUUCCAGAGCCAAAUUGUUUUUCAAUGCAAGAACUGUAAAUACUUAUUGGGACUGCUUUUUUUGUUACCUGUGUUACAGAUAACUUAAAGUAUAAAACUGAAAGUUAUAUUUAAGAGAGAAAUAAUAAAUAUAAUAUAUAAAGUUUCUGUAGGUUGCUCAGAUAUCUGGAGGAGGAAUAAAGGAGUACCAUAUGGAAUAGAUGCCGAGGCUGCCAUUCCUUUGCCUAAUAGCUUUUAUGCCAGAGAACUGCCUUGUUAUAUACAGAAUGCCAUUGCCACUUGAAAACUGGGAAAUAAGUACACGUUGCUUUUCCUCUGUUCUCAAAUUCCUGCUCCCACUCUGACUUAGAAGGAAGCCAGCCCCUGGUGGCUCUUGGAAGGCAAGGAAACCAAAGAGGAGGAAGAAAGAGUGGGCCUAACAUAACUGGGCUGCAAGAAUCCAAAGAGAUACAGAAAUCUUUAACUCUUUACUGCCAUCUAGAGGCCGUUUGGAUUUUUGCAGCAGAGUUACUGCUAAGAAAAAGGGCUAUUUCAGCAGCCGCAGGCAAAGUUCCAAAUAGCACUUAAUCAGCAGAGAAGGUUACUGCUGAAAAUCGUUGAGGAAAACCAAUUAUUGUAUAAGAUGUACAGCGAAAGACUAAGAUGUGCAUGGAGGAAUUUAAUUAGGGCUACCAGUUCCUGACAACCUUCAGAAGGCAGCAAAGAGGUGGUUUUCUGCAUCUCUUUGCUUCCAUCUAGUGGUCAUUUAGAGUUCUGCAGUCUAGACACAGAUUUGGUGCACUUAUGAAUGGGAUAGGGCAGCUGUGUGCAAUCUCAGUUUCAACUGAUGUUGGGGUUUCAGCCUUAAUUGUAACUAGCUACUUAAUUAGCUAAGGACAGCAACACUAGAAAAACAAUGAGGGAGCUGCCCACUGUAAUCAAAUACUUGCUAUGCAGCAAGUAGCAUUUUCAUGCAGUUCUUUUGGUGGGAAAAAUUCUAUAUUAUUAUCUCUUGUAAAAUAAUCUGGUGAGUCUUUUCUGAUGAUCUGUUUUUUCAUUGUCAGUCCUUACGCAUUUCUUGCAUGAGACUAUUUAGUACAAUUUACAGGCUGCUUCAAAAUGUAUGAAUUUUCUCCACUGAAAGCCUGAUGCUCUACAGAACUAGGCAGCUGUUUUUCCCAAUAAGCAGUAAUCCUGCGUGCAACCAUCAGGCGUGGUGUCAUCAUGAUUUUGUUGCCUAUAUAUGCUUUCUGUGUAGGAAAGGUGUAAUAUUUGAAGUAUCCUUCAAAUAUUACAACUGAAGUGGUCGGUGUGAAUUGUAAAGGGAAACAUGGCCUGAUGGAUGCUAGAAUACAAAAUUAGUAAUAGCGUGAGAUCUGCAAAGUUCUUAAUUGACAAAAUUACCUGCCCAGACGUAUUUAUAUAUCUGGGUGGGAUGAGAAGAAGUUGGAGGGGAGAGAAUAGUUUCCUUUCCAAUUUAUCAAAACUUCUAUACCUGGUUACUUGGAUGUGAUUCUUAUGUACCCCAGAAAUCAAGUAAGUAGCUGAUUUAUAAGCCCCGAAACAUUCAUUAAUUCACUUGAACAUCAGAGCUCGGCAGGUAGCGGAGAGACUAGUACGGCUAGUAAGUAACCCAAAGACAAUGGGGGGAAAAGUCACCUUUCUAACCUGUGCUCCCAUUUUUAAUAAGAUCUUCCUGAGGCAUUGCAAAAAAUAUUAUACACUGUCCUGAAAAUAUGGCGUGUCUUUCUGGAAACCUGUUCUCACCCUUAGAGGACUACACUAAUGGGUGCAGCUACGCAGGUCUUAGAAUCUCUCUGGCUAAUCUUCCAGUUUUGGAGUGGGAGAAUAACACAGCAUUAAUCUAGAGGUUUUUAACUGAGCCCAUGGUCUGUAAUGCAGAGUUGCUCAGAUUAAACCAGUUUAACAUUCCACCUUAAAAAACAACUUUGUAUUUUCAUGGGCAGCCUCAUAUCUAUCUUUAAGUAGGCUUAUCAUAGUUGGGAUGCAAAAAUGCAAAAGAUUAUUAGAUAGCAGCAAAAUAGAAAUAGCUCUUUGCUGUUAUCUAGUGAUUAUUCUGCAUUUCUGCAGGCCAGAUAUAUAAGCUCUACUCCUUCCUCUAAUAAACAUGUAAGUAGCAGAUGGUUAAUAGGGCGUGCAGAGAUCUGGAGUUGAUAGGCAAGAUGUGGGGCAUGUGAAGUCCCACAUGUAGCACCUAUUGGGAAAACCGUGAAGUAGCCAUGUCUUCCUGGGCUUCUGCCAUGGCCCUUGACUCUGUAGCUAAGACCUGCCCAGGAAAAGACUCACUUAAGGUAUUCCCAAGAGGCAUUACGUGCAUGCCUACUCAUGCACUGAGUCACAUUGUGCCCUUCAUAUCUGGAUCUCUACACAGCUGUAAUGCUUACAUAUCAUAAGGGUCUGCAAGAGAAGCUCAGCACGAAUAACAGUUGCCUGUUUUGUACCUUCUUGUGCAAAUCAUCACAGGUGCCUAAAGUGGCAAGCCUGAAUUAAUUCUUGGUUGUGGAUUUUAUAGUUCAUUCCAUAGCACAAAAGAAAGGUUCUGCACACCACAUUUGAAGAAGCUGCUGUAACUUGAGAGGAAGGUCCUUCUCCCAUUCCAUGAGCAGGACUGAGGAUGACCUAAAGUGUCUCUUCGGGGGGGGUUCUUUAGGCCUUAAAAAAAGGGGGGGUUCAGCUAUACUGGGGGUAUAGCAAGAGACUGUAUACAAAUGGAAACAAAAGGGUUCAAGGCAAUCAUGAUAGAGAUUAUUCUAAAGAUGUACAGGUUAGUUUAAUUCUUCACCUGUUCAAAUUUAUUGGGAUUUCAGCUAUAGUGAAAUAAAUCUAGACUAGUACUGCUUGUUCUGGACAGCAAACACUUAAAAAAGGAAACACCUACACGUAAGGCAGGAUACAACUUUGCUGGUUCCUUCUUACAGUGAGAAGUUCAAAGAUCAGUGCCUUUGAAUAACUUCGUUGAGGGAGUAUCUGCUGCAACUCCUGAGCUCUGAAGCAAUAUAGAAAGAAGUAUUAGAAAGUAUAUUCGGCUUUCAGCAGAGUCGUGUGGACUAGAAGAUAAGUCUGAAAUAAGAGACGGAAUCACAAGGAAAGUGGGAGUUACCAUUCAGUUAUUUUGGCAGAGACACAUCUUUUGGGGCAGUCCUGCUCCCCUAAGACCCAUAAUGCUGCCCACUGUCCCAGAGUCCAGUAUGCCUCUUUGGCUUUUAUCUGCCAGGAAGCUUGUGAAAGAGCAGUUGACUUUUGCCAAAUGAGAUCCAACCCCUACUGUAUGUGAAAUCUUAGUUUUACUUUUUUAAAAAAUUGCCUAAAUAAUUAUAAUUUCUUAGAGUUUAAUGUAAAUAUUAAAAGAGGCUUUUAAUUUAUUUGAAAAUUAAGUUGGAGUUCUUAUGUAAACUACAUCUUUUGCAGUUGCAGUUAAACUUACCAAGUCUAAGCUAGUUUAAAUAAGGAACUGGAGAAUUUACUAUGGACAGGGGAGAACAGGCCUGUAACUUGGGGAAUGGCUGGUAGUUUGCUCUCCCUAAACGUUCUUUGCCAUCCCUUAAUGUCAAGUUGGCAUAUACUAGAUAAGAUCUCUCUCUCUCUCUCUUUUUGCCCCCCCUCCCCCCCCCCCAUUGCUGCAAAAUGGUUCUGAACAGGACCAGAGGUGGCUAGGUUUCCAUGGGAUAAAAAAAGAAAUAUGCUAAUCUGCUUUAAAGCAGCUGAAGUACUCUGGUACUGUUCUGGUUUAGAGCUGCACAAUUUCUGAUCUACCCAACUGUAGCAUAGCCCACACAGUGCUUGACAGCUCCUUUAUUUCUACAGUCCUGCAAAUCUAGAAGACUCCCUGAUGGACCUCCAUACACAGAGACAGAUGAAUUGAAUUUGGAUAGGUAGGGUAUAAGGUGUAUAGGCUGAAUCUACUGUAAAAUCUACUUACACUGGAAGCAAAAGAGUUAGCAAAAGUUAGGACUAUAUCAGCUCCAAGCCACUGUGCUGAUACACCAACAGUUUCCCUUUGAGUGCAUAAUUCCUCUGACAGCAAUAGUUGUGUGUAACUAACUAUAUCACUACCAUAUGCAACAAAUGUGGCAUGACAAGUUACCUAUUCAUAAGAUGUUUGGAACCAUGUUUUAUAAUGAGCCUGCUCUUUUUAUAUUAGUCACUCUACCACUUUGAUGACAUAACCUUACCAAAAUACUUAUUUUUCCAAGUAAUUUCUGAUUACUGUUUCUUCUUGUUUUGUUUCUGUGCUCCAGUUUACUCAGUACUAUACACUCAUAUAUAUAUAUAUAUAUAUAUACACACACACACACACACACACACUUGAAACACUUGUACUUAAAGCAAGGAGAAAUGUAUAACUUAGAUACUUUUGAGGGAAAAAUAUAUGAACAUUAAUAAUAAAAGAUAUGUUUUCC